UGACACCUUGAUGACAUGAAUGAAAGUGAUAAUAUAAAGUCAAGUAUGUUAUAUGUAUCUUUCCCACCAUUUGUUUCCCCUUUUUCCCACUUUGGAGCAUAGAGUAUGGAGGCUAUUAUUGUAAGUGAUAUCUUUCUGUAAGUUUUUAACUACUUCAUAAUGGCAGAGGAUAUGCCGCAAGAUAUCCUCAGAUUUGAUCUAUUUGAUCCAGAUGCUGCUUUGAGAGAGGCGAUGGCUGCGAAGGAAAAUUCCAGGCCGGCAAAUUUGGAAGCAAAAUUUCUCAAAAACGUCACGAGCCGGCUCCAAACAGAUAAUCCAAUUCUGAAUGAAGUUGUCACUGAUAAUGUCUCUGAAAGUAAUUUUAGUUGUCAGUCAGGUCAAAUGGAAGCUAAUCAGCAGUCUCAACCUUCAAGUUUCAACCUGAAUCAAGUUAACCGUGAUGACAACAUUGACAACAUGCCAAAUGGCAACUUCAGCUGCCAAACCCAGAACUUCAGUCAACCAGAGCCAAUUUUCAAACUGCCCCCAAAACCAGUGGAUUACCAUUACCAUCAGAGAAAGAAGAAACAAGUGUUAAUGGAAACACAGAGCGCUUGUCAAGAAAUAGAGAAACAUAUCCCUGCAAAAGCUGAAAUCUACUACAACUUCAUCAUGAAGAAGCUUUCAAGUAUCCGCCACUUCGUUAUGAGUGCCCAUGAUCCAUCAAUGAAUGAGCUUUUCAUGCAAACUAGCAUGAUGAAUUCCACAAUUAAUUGUAAUUUGUCGGUCAGAGGAUCAGACUCUUCGCAAGUUGGAAGGUACUCUCAGUCCAUGGAGAAUCCUCUUUCAAACGUUGGAGGAUCUCAGAAGGGUGGAGAAUUUUCUUUUGCUCGCCCAGCAAACCCAGCCCAAUCUCAGCUAAACCCAGUUGUUGUUCUCAAAAGAUCUUCGGAGCAACCCCCAAUUCCUGUUGCAAAAUCUUCACCACUGAAGGAGUCUGUCAAAACGUCUCCCAUUACCCAGAAUCUCACGAUGAACAAAAUAAUGAACAGCACUAUGAACAGCACAGUGAAUCGGACCACCUCUCAAGGACGCGUCUCCGAAGACAACACCAUCACAUUGAAAAACUGGACUUUGAUCCUAGGAAAGAAAAUAGCCUCUGACGAACACGAAUUGCUGAUUCGAGGUCUUAUUGCCAAAAAAUGUGAAUUUGGUAAUACUAACAUGGAGCUUACAACUCCCUCAAUUAAGUCUCGUCUUGGAGAGUUCUGUAUUAAAACCAAAGAUGGUAGAACAUAUGAACUACAAGGAACUUUCCAAAAUCCUAAUAAUAGUGUCCCGAGAAUGGUCACCAGCCUUUAUCUAAAGAGAGGAUCUGGAAUUCCUGUCCACUGGAGGAAGAUGGCCAAAUUUUGGGGUUCUGUCAGACCUGCAGGAAAAAGACCUGCAAAUGAGGAGCGUAGUAAAAUGUUGGAAGAUGAUUCAUAUAACGCAGGAGAAUCAAGAAUGAAGAGUGAUGCAAAAAUUACUAAGCGGGCAAGUCCAGUAAAGAGGCCGACCUCGAAACCAUCUCGCCCCUCUGUCAGUAGGCAGUCUGUUACUCUGAAACAUACUUUGAGCAGGCCCUCUGUUAAGCCUAUCAUCAAAAUUGCCCGAAUUCCUGUGCAAGUUAGCAAACCUUUAAAGCCUGAUCCUCACAAAAUGCCGAGAAAACACAAGGAGCAUCUAUAUGCUGAACAGGUGCAAAGCAGCUCUGCAAUAGACUCAAGUGAAAACUCUCCUGUUGAAGCCAGAGGCAAAAAACGUCGCCACCACCAUCCGCCAAAACCAUCUCCUGGUUAUUUGGCAGACCGAUCAUCAGGCACCUCAACAAGCCACUCAAUAGCUGUACUCAGGCCCAAAGUGAAGUCUCGCCAGCAACCACAAUUAGUUGAAGAAUCGAGUCUCAAUUCUUCAGUUGAAGUCAGCCAAGCCAAGCGGAAGAGAAAAACAUCCCCUAAAUAUUCAGAUGAGAAUGAUGGCAGUCUUCUUGAAACAGAGAGGAGCAAAUCUAAUUUUGCAGACAAUAGCAAUGUCUCUUACCAGAUUGUAUCUCCUGGAAAAACUCUCAAUAACAUCAAAAAGAUGAAAGACUCGAACAUUAUAAAUAGUCAAGUUACACCUCCUACAUCGUAUUUCCUGAAUGUGUUACCAAAUAGCGAGAAAAAAAGUGAAGAGAUGGAACGAACCAAAAAGCCCGUGAAAAGGCUAAAUGAACGCGUCUUGAAGAAAGGUAGAACCUCAGCAAAUUCUCAAAAUAUAGGUCCGAAACUUAUGUUGCAAGAUCCUAAAGGGCUGAAGAAAUAUAUCCAGGAAUCUAAUGCUCGUUUAACGAAAAUUCAAUCGUCAAGGUCAAUGUCUCAAGAUGAAAUGUCAGUGUACUCUGAUGGGUCAAUGGGCGAUUUUCUAGAUGAUUGAUCAUAAGUUAUAGCUUUGAGAGUAAUCAAAAUCUUGAAAGCUUUCCAGGUUAGCAGCUUUUCCUCUCACAUCAUGGCUAACAUUACCAACUUUAUGUCCCCGUCAUUUUUUUUCUCAUUUUUAUUUACUAUGCUUUUUUCCCUGAGGGAUUAGGAGGCGUUUUUAACAAAUCUAUCCUUAUCAGCCGAAUUAAUUUUAAACCUUUUCAUGUUUUUUGUCUUGUUUCAUUCUCAGUUUGACGCAAUUUUUAAUAACCUUAAUAUCUCAUAAUUAUCUGUGUAUUAUUUUAACCAGCCUUCCUGUUUUUAAUGGAUUUGUUGAAUUUCUAGACUCUUCUGGCGAAGCAGUUUUUGGGCAACAUUAAUAUUUGAACCAUUUUACCUUAAAUUGUAAAAUUAUGCAGGGUGUCUCACUAUAAUUUAAGCAUUUUACUAACCUGUGUUUAUCUAGUUUUGUUUUCCGAUCAUUUCGACAGUGGAAAAAACUUAAGUUUUGGUACUUUUACAGUACUUUAUCUCAACUCUAUACGUAGUACUUUUCACAUGUAAAUGCGAUACUUGUGAUCAAUCUUCAUAACUAAUUUUAAUUUUGUUGAAGUAUUUUUUGUGCCUAUCAGAAAUAAAAUAAAAAUUGUUCCUCUUGCUUGUUUAAAUGUUUGGAUUAAAUGGAAUUGCAAAAAAUUGGGAAUUUUGCAGAAAUCAUUCAUCUCAAAGAAUUUCUGGCUUAUUAGUUUCACAUUCAGCCGUUCAUCAUAAUGUAUAGUCUUAAUGGAUAUUGGAUGUAGUUUUAUGUAUUGAUCAUUUAGUUCUCUUUGUGCUUUAUGUAUUUUUUUCUCAUCAGAGUCCUAGAAAAUUUGCAAGCUUCAAGAGUAAAAAGAAAAAAAAAACACUAUGUUUUCAAUUUAAGAUGAAUAUUAUACUAGGUAGUUAAGAUUAGUUUCUUUCCAAAGAUUUAAUUAUGAUACUUAUAGUUUGAAUAGUUGCUCAGGAAUAAAAUAGAACAGCUUGCGCCGCACAAUACCCUUGUAUCGUACCUAGGUAAUUGAUUUGUCAUCAGAGGCAAAAGAUGCAAGUUGCGUUUGUCUUGUAAUCACAAAUUUUGAUGUAAUGAUACUCAAAUAGGAUGUUCAGUUGUGAAAACGUUGUAGGUUUUCCUAGGUCAUAUAUGUCUAACCGCAUUUUAAAUUUUUUGAUAUCCAUCAUAAAUUUUAAAGUUUUUGAUAUCCAUCUUAAAUUUUGAAGUUUUUGACAGCAUCAUUAAUUUUAUGAACUGUAAAAGCCCCCUUUUUGUUUCCUCAGUGUGAAAUUUGUUGUAACAUUUUUUGUACCAAAUUCUAACAUAAAUAAUGAAGCAUUGAAAGCUGUCAGUUUAGUAUUUAAGUUAUAUCUUUUAACAGAAUCAAUAUUUUUUGAAGGGUCGAAGUGCUAAAAUCGGAGUCUGAAGAGAAACAGAAAAAGGGUGCUAUUUGGCGGACAUUCAACCUUUUGAGCUAAGUCUUAGUACGUAUCCUUCAGAAAUAUUUGUUAGUUAAGUUCACAAGAUUGAGCAAAUGCUAAAUGGCUUAGAUAUGCCCAUUUUCCUUGAAACUUGGCGCUGGGGCCCUUAAGAAAAUAUUGGUUCAAUUUUGCUAUAUGUGAUUACUACUCAAAAAACCAUGAUCAUGAGAGAUAUUAUUAAUUAUCUCGAUGAUGGGUAAUAAUCAAACAUUUAUUGAAAUUUUAAUGAUGGAUCUGAAUUACUUUACAUACAAAUUGCACGUUUGAUCUUGAUCAAGAUCUCGUAAAUUUCCUUUUGCAAGUUGUCUGCAAACAAAAUAUGUAUUUAAACUUAUCUUUAUUUGAUAAUGGACCGUUUCAUGUGCACUUACACUAAUUUCAUAUUAUAGCAGCAUUAAUUCAUGAUUUCAAUAAAUUGUAUUACCACCGGUUAUUUUUAUCAAUGCAACAAGUAAAUUUUAUCGUAGGAUGAAAGGAAGCAAGUUCAAAUACAAGGUGCCUUAUGUCUGCCUACACUUGAAAUUUUGGAAUAUUUUUUAGUCCCAAAGUAACCAUUCUUAUCACAGUGAAUUGAUUACUCAUUAAGGUUCUAUAAGACUAAUGUUAAGCUUGGUGUGAAUCAAUUUUCUCCAUCUUAGUUUUUAAUUUAUUUGGAUCAAGUCUAGAUUAAUGAGAUCCGCUUCAAAUUCAUUGUGUUGAAGUUCCAAAAAUGAAGAAAGAUUUUGAUUGGCCAAGAUUGAGAUUUAAUUGUGCCGUCAUUCAGUUGAUUAAAUCAUUACAUCGAUUUUUUUUUUUUUUUUCUAAUCAAACUGAGUACAGACAACCAAAUUAUUUACACAUAUUUAUAGUGUAUCAGAUCUACAUGAUAUAAAUUUGGCAACUUUAAAUAGUUUGCAUAAUUGAUUGUUACAAUACUCAUUCAAAAACUAUCAUGAGCUGCACGGUCAGAAGUAGAGGUGGUACUUUCCUUCAGUCUGUCUCAAGAAAAACUCCUUUUUAAAUAAUAAUCAUUUAUUUUUUCAUCAACAAUUAUUUUUUUUGUUUUGUAGAUGUAUUUAUUUUUUGAAGAAUUUUUGAAAAAUUAUAUAUUUUAAGCCGAA